GGCCAACACCUCGGUGCAAUUUACUUGUUCACAGGUCUCAACCAAUAUGGCAGAACUGGACAUGAUGAACAGAGACCCUAACAACCUCAAUGACCACCUGAAGGUGAUGUUCGAGGAUGUUAUCGGUGAGCCCGAGGGAGCCCACAGUGCAGAUUGCGUCUGGCGUAACUCCUAUAAAUGUUUCAACUGCAGCAAGAGCUGCUGUUACACCUUCCUCACCUUCAUCUGUGCUAUUCCCCUGUCUCUCUGCUGGGGAUGCGAGUUCGCCAUGGUGUCCUUCCAACACAUCUGGCAAUACACACCCUGCCUCAGGAUGUUCGGCAGCUAUCUUGGAUGCUACCAGAAAUUCUUCGGCUCCGUCAUGAACUGUUGUCUGGCUCCAAUAUGUGAAGCAUGUGGUCUGUGCUUCAGUAAAAUAGCCGUCGCCAACAAAUAACCUUCAGUCUCAGAAGCGACGCUACGUCAAAAUGCUCAGGCUCCCGUUGGACGAGGAUGGAAGGGACAUCCUCUCAACUCCUUGAGUUCUGUCUCGCCGGCUGAGAAAACUGCCUUCCCAAGAAACUGUGAUAACUUUCCUCUACUCUUUGGAACCCAGUGUGUACAAAUAGUACUUGUCAGAGUCUUCUCUGUCGUUUCCUUCGACAAACACAUUUGAAUCAGUUUGAACAUAGAAAAUGUGUGAAUCCAACUGAAUAUGCAUAAUUAUACAAUUGUUCUUUGAUAGGUGGUUUGACUUUACAUACUUAGAAUGGAAAUUUGAAUAUCAGCACAUUUAGAGUAUUAUCAUCAAAUAUGCAAACUUUCUAUACACAAGUAAAAAUCCUUAUAAAUGUGUGUUGUCUGGAG